UGAAGUCCUGAAUAAUUAAUGUCCCAACAAGCCUAUACAAAACUCGGGAGACUACUGUAAUCUUCCAUUUUAUCACAACUCCACUGAAGCAGGCACCGGAGACGAAGAAACUUUAAAUUUCUAUCUGUGAAAAAUUAAUUUUGACAAACAGCUAAACUGAGAAUGGAGAUCAACAUGAUGACUGUUACAUACUGUUUGUUGGCCUUUGUUACACUUAUAUCAACAGUUAUUUCAAUACCAAUUGACACACAGGAAGCUACUGAUAUGCAUUUAGAAGAAAAAAGGCCGAAAUACAUGGAUACAAGAGAUCUGGACUUCUUUAAAGAAUUGGUAUAUGUAUCUUUACAAAAAUUGGAAAAGGAAGGCAAAAUCAACAAAUACGUACUAGAGAAGGAAUCGAUUGAAGACGAAACAGACAACGAAGAGAACAACGGAACUGUUGACAAGAGAAACCGACAUUUGCGAUUGUGUCUGCGACGAAACGGAAGCAGUUACAUUCCUUACCCAUGCUGGAGACGAGGUCAAUAAGACAUCUACGGACUAUAAAGGUUAAAGUUCACUUGGACUACAGAUACUCACGUUCUACAUAUCGGAGUAAUAUACAAUAGGGAGAAAUAGUUUUCUUAUUACAUUGGAUCAGGAAUAUACAUGAUAGAUUUUUAUUUUUAAAGGAACAAAUGUUGUUUUACAGUUAUUUUGUUUUUGCAAUUAUUUUUAACAAUUUUUCUAAAUGUAAAUAGUAUAAUACACACAUGAUCACCUACAGUGUAAGUCACAACAAUGAAUUAAAUCAGGGUUGUUUGUAUCUGAAAUAUUUUUAUAUCGUUCAUGAAUGAACACUUUAAAUAAUUGUGAAGGGACAAUGGAUAUUCUAAAUUACGUAUGCGAAAAAUAUUCUUGUAUUUAAUCUAAAAGUUUUAAUUUAAUUUCAUGAUAUUUUAAGCAUAAAUUUUUGAAUAAUAAGUUUGUUUUUUUAUCAGAUUUUCUUCAUAAUAAAAAAAAAUCCAAAACAAUUAAAGUUGUUUACAUAUUUUUGUUUUAGACUCUAAGCCUUAAGCUACAAUGAUGUCACUAAAGAAAGUAGUGAGCCUUUAAAUUCAUUAUUGUCUAUGUACGCGUUCACCAGAAUUAUUCUUGUUUUAAAACAAAUGAGUGCAGAUAUGUCAAUAAAUGACAAAUUAAUUCUUUGAUAUAAAUUUCAUUAGAAUUUCAUGCUUAAUAUAAUCUCAUAACUAUUUCUAAAUGAUACAACAAAAACGCAUAAGUUGUAUUGCACGUCGACCAACUAAAAUUAAUCAAUUAAAAAGAGAUAACAAGUCAUUCCAUAUUGGAAAAAAAUAUGCAUUCACUAAUGUGUAUUGAAACAUGAGUAAUAUAGUUUUAUAUAGAAUGUGAUGAUAGAAAUUAUGAAAAAAACAUAUGAAUAUUUAAUAAUUGCUAUAAAUUUAUCGACGUGCAAUGUAACUUUAUGCCAGUUGAGUUUUGCGUAGGACUAAGCAUUAUAUGGUACGCUCGAUUACAUGAUUUGAAACUUGUAUAUUCUGGUUGUUACGUCAUUAAAGGUAUAAAAAAUUAUAAAGAAAACAAUCUCAUAUAAAGAGAUUAUUAAUAGAGGUCAAAAACAAUGAUCGUUUCUCUUGCAUAAACAUAUCAACUUAAUACUUUGAAAUGUCUGUAUUUUCUGUGGUUUUUACGACUAUGUAUCUAUUUUCAUCAUCACUAAAUGUAAAAUUUGUUUGGAAAUAAAAUCUCUCACAUAAAAUU